UCGAGCUGUGAAGACACCCUCGUUGUUCUUCUUGAUAUCUCGACUUUUCUCGUCCUGAACUCGCUGCUCGAGAAAUGCACAAGUCUGCAGGUGCGCUGCUUUUAUGAAACGUAGCAAAUCGUCGGCUUCCAUCCGCAGGCGUCGGCCGCGGCAGUCUGCCUCGUCGUCGAACCUCGAGGCUCUCGAGGACAACAGUUGGCAGUUCCAGCCUCCGUUCUACAAUCAUCCUCCUACUCCGCUCAAAAAACCUACAAACACCCCAUUCUCCCUCUUCACCUCCGGCCGCAACUCCCCCCGUGCCUCCGUAACCCGCUCAGCAUCCGUCGCCUCAGACUCGGAAGCAGACAUCCCAGACGGCGACAAGCUCGCAAAGGAAUCUGAUGUCACCGUCGGCGGCGAUGCCGUCCCACCCGAGCGCGAGUACUUUGGCUUUGCGCUCUACGUCUCUAGCACAUUCGCCUUCAUCAUCUACAUCCUCUGGGCCUUCCUGCCGCAGUCGGUCCUGCACAGUCUCAAAAUAUACUACUAUCCCUCGCGCUGGUGGGCCCUCGCGUUCCCGUCUUUUCUCGUCAUGCUGAUCGUGUACAUAUACGUCGCCCUCGUCAGCUACAACGUCGAGAUCCUCACUCCCGAACUCAACCAUCUCACUACGAUAACUGACGAAUACGCAGUCAUCUCCGAGGACGACAAGUAUCUCUGGAAAGGCUCAGACGGCGUCUGGGACUUGCCGCUCGAGUCUGUCAACUACGUGCUUUAUGCCGACCGGCAUAACGCUCACGACGAAGCUAAUGGAAACGGCUGCCAGAGUCCGGAAACUUCGGAACCGCCGUCUUCUUAGGUUUUACGCGAGCGGUUUUCUCUUAUCUCAUCUCGUUUCCGUCUUGUAAAAUAUGAUUUCUGUAUUUCUAGCGAAGACUAACUCGC